GGGAGGCGGAGGUUCGGUUAGCCAGACGCGCCGCGGCGACGAGAAGGAGAGCGGCUGCCGGCUCCUGCUCCGUUGCCCCGCCGCCCCGGGAGACACUUAGCCUUUGUCAAUCUGGUAUCUUUGCCUGGAGGACCGGCUGCUGAUUCUUUGUCGCGGUCGGGCUAGGGGUUUUUUUAAAUCGGGGUGCUGUGAGGCAGUUUUUAGCCGUUAGGUGAUGUGGUAAUGGUGGGUGCCCCAGCCCUUGGGCCUUCCUGAUCGCCACCCAUUUUCUUUUCUUUUUUAAUGCCCCGUUUGCUUCCCAAGAGGUUUCGGUAGAUGAUUUUGGGAUGCUUGUGGAGAGAAGUGACUAGUUAACUGUUUCUUAGUUCCGUUCGCGCCACAGGCUUUGUUGUUGUUUUAGUGUUGGGGUUUCUGAGCGUUUGUGGACGUUUGUGGUGAUCUGGAGCUGAUCGUGGGGGCCGGGGGAAGGUUUCGGAGCUUUAAUUAGAAAUAUUAAGUUGUAGCAUCUAGUAGCAUCAAAGGCCAGUCGUACAAAAAUGGGAUGGAUGUAGAUGUCAGGUACACCAGGGGUUGGAAAAACCACACUAGGCAAAGAACUUGCAUCAAGAUCAGGCCUGAAGUACGUUAAUGUGGGAGAUCUAGCUCGGGAAGUCUGAUCACCGGAUAUCAUGGAGUCUGGCAAGAUGGCGUCUCCCAAGAGCAUGCCGAAAGACGCACAGAUGAUGGCACAAAUCCUGAAGGAUAUGGGGAUUACAGAGUAUGAGCCAAGAGUUAUAAAUCAGAUGCUGGAGUUUGCCUUCCGAUAUGUGACCACAAUUCUAGAUGAUGCUAAAAUUUAUUCAAGCCAUGCUAAGAAACCUACUGUUGAUGCAGAUGAUGUCCGAUUGGCAAUCCAGUGCCGUGCUGACCAGUCUUUCACUUCUCCUCCCCCGAGAGAUUUUUUAUUAGAUAUUGCAAGGCAAAGAAAUCAAACCCCUUUGCCAUUGAUCAAGCCAUAUUCAGGUCCUAGAUUGCCACCUGAUAGAUACUGCUUAACUGCUCCAAACUAUAGGCUUAAGUCUUUACAAAAAAAGGCACCUACUCCUGCAGGAAGAAUAACGGUUCCAAGGUUAAGUGUUGGUUCAGUUUCUAGUAGACCUAGUACUCCCACACUAGGCACACCAACUCCACAAGCCAUGUCUGUGUCAACUAAAGUAGGCACUCCAAUGUCCCUCACAGGGCAGAGGUUUACAGUACAGAUGCCUGCUUCUCAGUCCCCUGCUGUAAAAGCUUCCAUUCCUGCAACACCAGCAGUUCAGAAUGUUCUUAUUAAUCCAUCAUUAAUUGGGUCCAAAAACAUUCUUAUUACUACUAAUAUGGUGUCACAAAAUACAGCCAAUGAGUCGGCAAACGCACUCAAAAGAAAACGUGAAGAAGAAGAUGAUGACGAUGAUGAUGAUGAUGAUGACUAUGAUAAUUUGUAAUCUAGCCUUGUCGCCUGUAACUAUUCUUGGUCUUGGAUCCAUUGUACUGAAAUUGAAAAAGCAUGUUAGCUGUUUUAAAGCUGUACUUUAGAAAGUGGUAUUUAAUACGUACACUUACUAUACUUUUGGAUUGAAAUGUUCAGUUUUACUAGAACUAGUAAUGGUUUUUCAUCGACCUUUAUGCAUAAAAAAUAAAAUUGUCAUUUAUCAGUUUGA